AUGUCCGACUCCACUGGCAUUACCGCAGGAGGGAUCACUAGGGCAAUGAGAGUGGGCGCAGCCCAGGGCGGCGCCGAGUGUGACACUGUAGAUCCAGGGGCUGAUUUCUUCUAUUCACUGGAUGGAGAACUCGCACAAUGCUCUGACUACCCCUUCACGAAUUACGGCCGAGCGGUACAACCAGUGACAAUAUUUGGCUUCGUUCCCGGAGGCCUGUCGUUUGCCGUGCAACCUCCUCCCGGCGAUUCUUUCGAUUGGAGGGCAACGAUACCUGCAGGUACUCAGAUUGCCUUCUUCAUGACAGAUGCAGAAGGUAGAAACGGUGGUACAUCUGCCAUCCAGACAGCGUCGUCGUCAAGCGAUGCAUCGUGCCUCCCGCUUAGCUCCGCUCCCGUUCCAUCAUCCACUCGUUCGGCCUCGGAGACUGGGACUCGUUCCUCAGCGACCCGUCAACCAACAGCGAGUGGAAUCGGCGAUUCCAGUGAUAACCAGGAUGAGGACAAUGAUGAAAAGAAGGACGGGCCCAACGUUGGAAUCAUUGUAGGUGCCGCUGCGGGUGGCUUCGUCUUCCUCGGAAUCUUCGCGUUCCUUGCGGUGUUUUGCUUCAAACGGAACAAGUCUUCCCCUUCACCCCCUCAAGAAGGGAAGUCCUUCACAGACUACGGUACCGGAGGUUCUGUUCUGCCCGUGUCCCCUUCCAACACCUAUCUUCUGCCCAGCACCCUUAACUCGUCCAGUGCAAACAUUGCACCUUCACAAGCGGCAGCACCAUACCCACAAAACACCUACUCCACGAAUGGGUCGCAUACACCGCUCAUUAAGCAUGCCAGUCCCAACCCGACGGUAAACUCAUCGUUCCCUGCUCAGCAAGCUGAGUACAACCCUUACACAGCCGAUGAAAUGGGAGGCUAUGGUGGAUAUGGAUCCUCAUCCGCGACCCAGGGCGGUCCGGGACAGUACAACGAUAGUUCUGGCAACUUGUACGGUGGUAGCGCAGCGACGGGAUACCCCCCACAACCUAUGGCGACAGGUGUUGCUGCUGCUGGUGCCUACGGCUACGGACAGUACAGCGGGUACCAACAAGGCCACCAGCAGUACCAACAUGGACAACAACCUUACCACCAGGACCAUUGUGGUCAAACCUCCAAUCCGUACCCUCCCGCCCAAGGUCACCAUCGACAAGGCUCUCAUCCGUAUGCUCAGAGCCAGCACUCGUACCAGCACAACCAAUACCACCAACAUCCCCAGCAUGGCUAUAACCCGGCGAGUGCAUCUUCUUAUGCCCCCUCCCGCACCACGGGUACCCUGUACGCCACCAACGCAGACCCAGCACCUUCCAGCGUGUACAGUGCUUCGAGCCAGGGCACCCAACGACCGCAAGCUUCGGGCUCUGGGGAAAAGAGCGUCUCCCCACCGUCCGCGCCGUCGCAACGCCUGAUAGUCCACCAGGACAUUGAAGAGACUAUGGACCUCCCCGACGAGCUUCCACCUCAAUACUCGGAGAGUCGGGCUCCAAUACCUGGGUUGCCUGGCUCUCAACCCACUGGUGAUCGUAAACGAUAA